UGGAUUAAAGAUGGAAGGAAGAGGAUAGAUCCACGAACACUCGCAUCGCAAAUGUCUGCUUUUCAACGAGUUUUCGGCAACUGCGAUUGGACUAGGUGUUGAAGUAUUUACUUUCUUUCAUUUUUAAUCAACAGUGUAGAAAUUGUACCGAUCUGUUGUAUUUGAAGUCAGUCAUCAUCGAUUGUCUCGAUCGAGGGCCGAGGCCAGGUUUCACCUGCAUUCUCAUUAGGCCGACAAAUGGAGGGGGAUGCUUGAGUGCCCCAAUCAUGUUAUGAUACGAACUAUACCUUAGCUGCCAAUUGUAUGUAUAUAAUUAGAAUAUUUUAAGCUUUAGAGGCAUUCCACAACCUCAAAAUGGAAAUGGGCGAUGAAUGUGGCAUUAAAGUGGUGUGUCGUGUUCGACCCCUGAACUCCUCGGAGGAAAAAACAGGGAGUAAAUUUGUCCUCAAGUUUCCAACGGACGAUUCGAUACACUGUGGGGGAAAGUUGUUUGUGUUUGAUAAAGUGUUGAAGCCUAACGUGAGUCAGGAUUAUGUCUAUGAGACUGCUGCCAAACCCAUUGUUGCUGAUGUACUUGGAGGGUACAAUGGAACUAUAUUUGCCUAUGGUCAGACGUCCAGUGGUAAAACACAUACAAUGGAGGGAGUCAUUGGGGAUAACCACAUGCAGGGAAUCAUUCCGAGGAUUGUACAGGACAUUUUCAACUACAUAUAUGGCAUGGAUGAGAAUCUCGAGUUCCACAUCAAGGUGUCAUACUAUGAGAUUUACAUGGACAAGAUCCGGGACCUGCUGGAUAUUUCCAAGACUAACUUGGCUGUACAUGAAGAUAAGAACAGAGUGCCCUUUGUCAAGGGUGCAACAGAGAGGUUUGUGUCCAGUCCAGACGAGGUGAUGGAAGCCAUCGACGAGGGCAAAUCAAAUCGACAUGUAGCUGUGACAAAUAUGAAUGAACACAGCUCUCGAAGCCACAGUGUGUUCCUGAUCAACGUAAAACAAGAACAUCUAGAGAACCAGAAACAACUUAAUGGCAAACUAUACCUAGUAGAUCUUGCUGGUAGUGAGAAGGUCAGUAAGACCGGAGCUGAGGGAGCCGUACUCGACGAGGCUAAAAAUAUCAACAAGUCCCUGUCGGCCCUGGGUAAUGUGAUCGCUUCCCUGGCUGAUGAACAGAAAAGCCACGUGCCGUACCGUGACAGUAAACUGACUAGGAUCCUCCAGGAGAGUUUGGGAGGUAACGCCCGGACUACAGUCAUCAUAUGCUGUUCACCAGCUUCCUACAAUGAGUCAGAAACUAAAUCCACACUUCUGUUUGGUCAGAGAGCAAAGACCAUCAAGAAUGUUGUAUCUGUGAACGAGGAGUUGACUGCUGAGGAAUGGAAGAGGAGGUACGAGAAGGAGAAGGAGAGAAAUGGCAGACUUAAGGGUGUCCUCGCCAAGUUUGAAGCCGAGCUACAGAUGUGGCGCUCAGGCCAGAAUGUGUCCCAGGAUGAACAAUUUGACAUGAAGGCCAGUACCGAAUCCCUCCAGGAGGCUGAGACUAAUGCUGCACCGAAGAAUGAUAUUGCUGCCAAACUCAUGUCCUCCAGUACCAAUGAUGCGGACAAGGCCCAGUUUGAGGCAGAGCGGCUUAAACUCUACCAGCAACUGGACGAUAAGGAUGAUGAAAUCAACAACCAGUCACAGUUGAUUGAGCGACUGAAGGAACAGAUGCUGGAGCAGGAGGAGCUGAUCGCAGUCGGCAAGCGUGACAUGGAUAUGUUACAGGUUGAUAUGUCCCGUAUCCAGAGUGACAAUGAUUCGGCCAAGGACGAAGUCAAGGAGGUACUGCAGGCUCUGGAGGAGCUAGCCAUGAACUACGACCAGAAGUCACAGGAGGUUGAACUCAAAUCAAAGGAGUACGAGACACUGCUCGAAGAAAUGAGUACUAACCAGAGUCAAGUGAACAGCUUGCAGACAGAGCUUGACAGCCAGAGAGACUCAACACUACACCAGAAGAAACGUGUUGCGGAGAUGAUGGCCAGCCUGCUGAAGGAUCUAGGCGACAUCGGAACCAUUGUUGGGGGAAAUGCUGCCGAGUCUAAGCCAAACAUUUCGUCGUCGGAGAAACUAGAGGAGGAAUUCACUGUGGCACGUCUGUACAUCAGUAAGAUGAAGUCGGAAGUAAAGACCUUAGUCACCCGCACUGAACUUUUGGAUGCCAACCACGCUGAAAACCAGAAGAAGCUUGAGAUUACAGAGAAGGAGCUUUCUGACUGUAGGCUGCUCAUCACCCAACACGAGGCCAAGAUGAGCUCGCUGAAUGAGACCAUCCGUGACAUGGACCUGAAGAAGCGUCAGCUGGAGGAACAAGUGGAUACUCUUAACGACGAAUACACAGCUCUUAAGGCGUCAGAGCGUAUGACGUCAAUAGUUCUUGUCCUGAUUACAAACCAGAAAGUUGUGCUUGCCCUGGACAAGUUGCAGUCAGAUUAUGACAAACUCAAGCAGGAAGAGUCAGAGAAGUCAGCCAAACUGGCAGAACUAUCUCUACAGCUUGACCGCCGUGAACAGGCUAAACAAGACCUUAAGGGUCUAGAAGAGACAGUGGCCAAGGAACUGCAGACCCUACACAAUCUGCGGAAGCUGUUUGUGCAGGACUUACAGAAUCGGGUUAAGAAGGUGGGUAAAAACAACAACACUGUGCUGUCAGGCUGGGACUCCCUCAUUGACGAGUCAGCCAAUAAGAAGGAUGACGAGGAGGAAGAAGAUGUUGGUGGCAAUGCUGCCCAGAAACAGAAGAUCUCCUUCUUGGAGAACAAUUUAGAACAGCUAACCAAGGUUCACAAACAGCUGGUGCGUGAUAACGCUGACCUGCGAUGUGAACUACCAAAGCUGGAGAAGAGGCUACGUGCAACAAUGGAUCGUGUCAAGUCUCUGGAGACAGCCCUCAAGGAGGCUAAGGAAGGCGCCAUGCGUGAUCGUAAACGAUAUCAGCAUGAAGUGGACAGAAUUAAAGAAGCUGUCCGACAGAAGAAUUUGGCUAGGCGGGGCCAUGCUGCCCAGAUAGCCAAACCAAUUCGCCCCGGACACCCACCUGGUGGGUCCACCUCUCAAGCAGCUAUCCGCGGGGGUGGUAUGGUCGUACCGGCUAAAGCUGAGCCUCAUGCAUAGAUGCCUGGUAUUUGUACCGUGUCAGACGUUACUGUGGCAGUGAUGGCUUCUUGUCUCAUCAUUGUCUGAUACAGGCACAAGGAACACCUGCCUCAUCGUCGUGGCAACAGCACAAGUUUGUUGCCAUGGCAACAUACACUUUAGAAUUAUUGUAGAUGAUUGUCAUACACCAAAAAAUUUAAACUGCAUUCCAUCUCAGUCUGGCUGCAUGUGUUGUUUCAUUGUCAUGACAAGUAUCUGUUACUGUGUUACCUAGGAGAUGUGUCUGUCCAUCUGCCAUUUGUCUUAACACUGUGCCUCGCUUGAAAGCUUUCGGUGGCUAUGUGAUAAAAUAAGAGAUUCUGGAAUUAUUUUAAUAUGAAAUUUUGAAUUGUGCAAGAUGAAUGUCCAUUCUGUUUAAUUGGGAGACAAAUGAUUUAUUUUCCAUUGGAAAAUUCUUAUAUAAAUAUAAUAUAUAGUUUUGUUAAGUUUCACCUGUCACUAUUUACAAUGUCAAAUAAAAAGGGUCCUAGGUUUUACCUGGGUUAAGACAAGUUGUAUAUGGACAGAUACAGGUUUAGUGACUAUUUAUUUUACAGUAGAUCUUGACGGAUGUUUUCUGUCACAAUUGUGUUGCGUCUUCAUCAAAUACCAUUUAUCAGAGUGUGACGUUACUAAGGUUUUCUAUGUUAAUUGGAUGAGAUUUACGGAAGAGACCGAUUGUACACUGCCAUGUCUUACUUUGCAUUGCAAUGCUGCAGGAACAAUGUAGACGUUUAUAUAAACUAGACGAUCUGCCGAGAUUGUAUAUUGUAGGCUAAUAUAUGAAUUGAGCGAUCUGCCGUGAUUGUAUAUUGUAGGCGAAUAUAUAAACUAGGCGAUCUGCCGAGAUUGUAUAUUGUAGGCGAAUAUAUAAACUAGGCGAUCUGCCGAGAUCGUAUAUCGUAGGCGAAUAUAUAAACUAGGCGAUCUGCCGUGAUUUUAUAUUGUAGACGAAUAUAUAAACUAGGUGAUCUGCUGUGAUCGUAUCGUAGGCGAAUA